AUGAAGUACCUCGAUUUGUGCGCCCUCCACGAGGUCAACCUCGCCCUCAACUUCGACACGCAAGAUACAGCCAUCAUCGGCGGAUGCGAUCUGUGGACGAUAAAAGCAGCCGGUAGCGACAAGAAACUAUACAAGCGCAUCGAGCGGACGCUCGAGGAGCGACACAAGGACUUGCUGUCGGCGGUGGCAGGGCUCUCCGAGCAAUCUGCCGCUCAGUUUGCAGACCAACUCGAUGUCUCUCGAGACACACCAUUCGGAACCUUCAGCGAAGCCGCGAACCGUCAUACAUUUGCCUACCUGAUCGCGACGCUCAACGCAACCCACAUCGAUUACGAUUUCGCCAACACACUGAACCCGGACGAGUUCCGUCGCGAGACCAUACACAGCUUCAUGCACAAGAUCGAUACAACAAUGUACUACCUCCGCCCACAAGUUUACUCUGCAGGACUACCAGCAGGCGCAGUCACACCGCUUGGCUCACCGAUCUGGAGUCCACGGAGUUGGCACCUACUUGAUAGCGAGAUGGAGAUGUCAAACUGCGAAUACUAUGCAUGGGAGCCUUCAGAUGACCCAUUUGCCGACGACGGCGCCAUUUGGAGUCACCACUUUUUCCUGUACAACAAGGAGCGUAAGCGAGUCGCAUACUUCUACCUCCGCGGAGUAUCCGCUCUGUCAAACUCGCCUAGUGUCGCCAUGUCGCUCAUGUCCAAGUUCAAAGCAUCGAAAUACGAGUCCAGCGCCAACGCAGGAAGCAGGAAGCGUGCCGAGUACUGGCUCGGUGACCGUGCCAGGAAAGGACUCGAGGCAUACGGAGACAGUGACGAGCUCGACAACAUGGUCAUUGAUCACCCUGGUGAUGUUGUCGACGCUGAACAACAACGGUACCUACCGGCCAGGGAGAUGAGUAUGGAUGCCGAAUACUACGAGAGUGAGGACGACAGCGAUGUUGAGUCACUGGUCGAUCGAGAGAGGGCUGUGAGCAAGAUACGGUCGAUGAGCGAGUGCGCCAUGGAAAGGAUGGAGGUCUGA